GAACACACGUGUUUUCUUUUGGUACAGCGUUUUGCUGGCCGCGUGUUCCUUCGAAGAUUAAAUUUUCGCUUAAGUUCUAUUAAAAAGUUAAACUACAGCAUUUAAAAAUGGGAAAACCAGGUUUCAGUCCACGCGGUGGUGGUGAAGGCAGAGGAGGCGGAGGAUUCCGUGGCCGAGGAGGUGGUGAUCGUGGUGGUGGCGAGGGACGAGGAGGUGGCGGAGGAUUCCGUGGCCGCGGAGGUGGUGAUCGUGGUGGCGGCGGCUUCGGUGGACGCGGAGGUGGACGCGGCGGAGGCUUCGGUGGACGCGGCGGUGGUGAUCGCGGUGGCGGCCGUGGACGCGGAGGCUUUGGUGGCCGAGGCGGUGGAGAUCGUGGUCGCGGUGGUGGCGGACGCGGAGGAGGUGGUCGUGGCGGCGGAGCCGGUGGUUUCAAGGGUGGCAAAACAGUCACAAUCGAGCCACAUCGUCACGAGGGAGUCUUCAUUGCUCGCGGCAAGGAAGAUGCUCUGGUCACCCGCAACUUUGUACCUGGAUCUGAAGUAUACGGAGAGAAGCGCAUUUCUGUCGAGACCAAUGGCGAGAAAAUCGAGUACCGUGUGUGGAAUCCCUUCCGCUCCAAGCUGGCUGCUGCCAUUCUGGGUGGCGUCGAGAAGAUUCACAUGCCUCCUGGCUCGAAGGUCUUGUAUCUGGGCGCAGCGUCUGGCACCACAGUUUCCCAUGUGUCGGAUGUAGUGGGGCCCGAGGGUCUAGUCUAUGCCGUAGAGUUCUCACAUCGUUCGGGUCGCGAUCUGAUCAAUGUGGCCAAGAAACGCACCAACAUCAUACCCAUCAUCGAGGACGCUCGCCAUCCCCACAAAUACCGCAUGCUGGUGGGCAUGGUCGACACCAUAUUCGCAGACGUCGCCCAGCCCGAUCAGGGCCGUAUUGUGGCCCUGAACGCACAGCACUUCCUUAAGAACGGAGGACACUUUGUCAUCUCGAUUAAGGCAUCCUGCAUUGACUCGACGGCGCAGCCCGAGGCGGUAUUUGCCGCCGAGGUCAAGAAGAUGCAGGCGGACAAACUGAAGCCACAGGAACAGCUCACGCUGGAGCCGUACGAGCGUGAUCACGCUGUUGUCGUGGGCGUCUACCGACCACCGGGCAAGCAGUGAACAGUGUUCAGGGGCGAAUGUGGAUAGAUUUUAGGUUAUAACUUCUUUUAAUACAGACGUUUUGUAUUAAGUUUCUUCUUAUUAAAUAUAAACCAUAGUUUUAAAGAUAAAUCAAAAUGCAAACUAUUUUUGUAGCAGACGUACAAAUACAUAACAGAAUACAAGCCAACAAAACCA